GUCUGAAAGGCAACAUCAAUAUAGGUUUAUUUUGUUCCUUCUUAUUCAAGGAAUUUAUCUGUUAUUGUUAAGUUCUAUUCUACGGCGUGUCUAAACUAAAGAAAAAAAAUUUCAAUUUUAAGAAAUUAUGUUGAAUUUAUCUAUCUUUUCAUUAGUCUUCACGUACAUCAAAAAAAACUCAAAAUCAAACAACUCCAUCAGAUUCAGUAACAUCAACAAAUAAUGUUAAUUCGAUUGAUGAUGAUACUAAUAACAAUGAAACUAUAGAUAAUAAUGAUACAAAUAUAAAUGGUCGUCUUCCACCACCAACAAUUGGUGCACGUGUAAUGGCUAUGUAUCAAGGUGCUCAGCGUACAGGAAAAGUAUUAAAUGUAAAUGAUAAACGUGGUAUAUUUAAAAUGCGUUUCGAUGAAUUUCCAACAGCUGAAUUUGAUUAUUCAUUCAGUUAUAAAUCACCAGCUUGGUCUUAUGUUGCUACUCCACCAGCACCAUCGUCAUCAUCUACAACUACUGAAACAACGAAAAAUGAUAAUGAACCAUUAUUUAGUAUUGUAAGAAAAUUUAAAGCAUUAAUUAAAUUUAUGUUACCACCAGAUUGGGAUUUAACACGUGAACAAAUAACAUCAAUGAGUUAUGAUGAACUUAGCCGAUUUGAUGUUGAAUUAUUUAUGCAAUCAUAUCGAGAAAAAAUGACUCAAAUUGUUGAACAACGUAAAGCUGAUGAAGCACGUUGGCGUACAUCAGCUCAACGUAUACAAGCUGAAGUAACUGAAUUACUUAAUUUAACUGGAAUGCCAAUUUCAAUUGAUAGUUCAAUGGAUGAUUUUGAACAACAUAUUCAAGAUUAUAUAACACAAGCUGAAAAACGACAAAAUGCAUCAUCUUGA